ACAUUAAAAAAAUCCAUUUUUUCUUAUUGUUUUUUUUUUCACUUAAGAGAAAAUGUGUUACGGUCAGCAACGACGAUCUCUCUCACCGAACCGCCCUUCCCGCUAUAACAAUGCAUUGGUGGUGGAUACGCUACGUGUCCGGCUAGCCGAGACGGAGGCUCGGCUCGAGCGAGCCAGGGCUCGAGAGGCCGCACUCACUCGCCAGCUCGAAGAAAUGAAGCGUUUCGUUUCCGUCAUGGAGAUCAUCGAGUCUUACCUCAAACAACGGUUUCGCGAGCAACAAGAAUACGUGGCGCGCUUCUUCUCUUCGCUUCCUGCUAAAUAAAGAAGAGCUUUCCCUCGCCGACUUUUAACAAAAUUUCUUUUUGAUAAUGUUUCCUUUUACAAUAUUUUGUUGUUUUUGCGUAUGUGUUCUCGUAUUUGAUAGAAGGAAUUACAUUCAACUGAUUUGAAAAUGCGAAAGGCUCUGUUUCUUGCUCU